AUGGGGGGCCAGGGGCGGAGACGGUGGCGGCUGGUAGCCUGGAGAAGGAUCCCAGACGAGAGGCACGAGGAAGUGGCUGCUGUCCAGCAAACUUCGGAGGAGGAUUUUAUGACACGUGCUGGACGGCAUAGUGCCCCGGACAGCCCGCCGCCCGCCCCGCCAGCAGAGGCCGCAGAGUGCGGCGCGCAGCCCGCUGCUCCGGCCAUGGUCCCGCGCGCCCGGCGGCGCCGCCCGCUGCCCGCGUGGCUCGCGCUCUGCGCGCUGCUCUGCCAGCUGCAGGUGACCUUUCAGAUCACCCCUCCGUGUGCCAGCAAGCAGCAUUAUGAGCGUUCUGGACGGUGCUGUGCCAAAUGCAAACCAGGAACGUACAUGUCUUCCAAGUGCACUGCUACCAUUGAAAGCGUCUGUCUGCCCUGUGGUCCGGAUGAAUACCUAGACACCUGGAAUGAGGAAGAUAAAUGCUUGCUGCAUAAAGUUUGCGAUACAGGCAAGGCCCUGGUGGCGGUGGUGCCCGGCAACCGGACGGCCCCGCGGGUCUGCGCCUGCACGGCCGGCUACCACUGGAGCGAGGACUGCGACUGCUGCCGCCGCAACACCGAGUGUGCCCCGGGCUUCGGCGUCCAGCACCCGGUGCAGCUCAACAAAGACACGGUGUGCACGCCCUGCCUCGUAGGCUAUUUCUCGGAUGUCUUUUCUUCCACGGAAAAAUGCAAACCCUGGACCAACUGUACCAUUCUUGGAGAGACGGAAGCACGUCAUGGGACUGAUAAAUCAGAUGUGGUUUGUAGCUCUUCCCUGCCAUCUACAAAACUCCCAAAUGAGCCCCAGAUGUAUUUGCCCAGCCUAAUUAUUCUGCUUCUCUUCAUAUCUGUGGCAUUGGUUGCUGCCCUCAUCUUUGGUGUUUACUAUAGGAAAAAAGGGAAAGCGCUCACAGCUAAUUUAUGGCACUGGGUCAAUGAGGCAUGCGGCCGCCUAGGUGGAAAUAAGCAGCAGGAGCCCGCAGGCAACAAUUUUAGCAGCAGUCCCGUGGAGGCCUCUAGUCAGCAUGAAAUUUGUGAGGGUGUCUUACUGCUGACACUGAAAGAGACAACGUUUUCUGAAGAUCUGUGCUGUCCAGACAGCGGUGGUGUCUGUGGGGGUGCGUGUGCAGGCGGCAGCCCCUGUGCACAGGGGGAAGACGCCAGGAUGCUCACCUUGGUCAGCGAGGUUGAGGGGGACCCCUUCAAGCAGAUUCCCAUGGAAGACGAGUACGUGGACAGGCCCUCGCAGACCCCGGCCUCUUUCCUGUUCCUCACUCAGCCUGGAAGCAAUUCCAUACCUCCUUUCCCGGAGCCCCUGGAGGUGGGGGAGAAUGACAGUUUAAGCCAGUGCUUCACUGGGACGGAGAGCCUGGCGGACUCCAAAAGCUACAACGUGGUCGAGCCCCUGUGCAGGACUGACUGGAUCCCCACGUCCUCUGAAAAGUACUUGCAAAAAGAAGUGGAGGGCGGCAGUGGCCCCCACUGGGCAGCCUCCUGCACAGGCUGCGGGAACCAUCCUGGGGAGGACCGAGAGCCCCCUAUGGGUUCCCCAAAAAGCGGACCCUUGCCCCAGUGUGCCUAUGGCAUGGGCCUUCCACCCGAAGACGCAGCUGAUGGGGCAGAGGGCGGGGGCCAGCCCGCGGAUGGGGCUGAUGUAAGGCCUCCCGGCUCCAGCAGGGGAGGCCCUGGGCCUGGAAGCCCCUCCAGUGACCAGCCACCUGCAUCGGGAAAUGUGACUGGAAACAGUAACUCCACGUUUAUUUCCAGCGGGCAGGUGAUGAAUUUCAAGGGCGACAUCAUCGUGGUCUACGUCAGUCAGAACUCCCAGGAGGGCCCGGCGGGGCCGGGCAGCGGCGCGGGGGAGCCGGUGGGCCGCCCGGUGCAGGAGGAGAGCUCGCCGUGCUGCGACUCGUUCGCGGGCCUCGGGCCGCGCUUCCCGGACACGUGCGGCACCCCCGGGCUGGACAAGGCCUCGCGGCCCGUGCAGGAGCAGGGCGAGGCAGAGGCCCGUGCGCCCGGGGCGCAGCGCUGAGAGCUCAGGGACCUGCUGCAGCACUCCAUGCGCCUCGGAGCCGCGAUGCCACCGGACAGGCAGUGACCUCCGGGCCAUCAGCCAGCCCUCUGCUCCCGAAAGAGCCUACCUGGCCGCGCUGGCUGCGCGCACCUGCACC